CGAAGGUGGACUAUUACAUGUCUGAUAGGACUAACAGGAGAUCACCAUGAGCCAAAUCUGUUCUUCUGAUCUUUUGAGAAAGGACUCAGUUACAGAAGUUCUUGUGCCUCUGGAAAAUGGCCUUUGCUCCAUCAACAGAAUCUACGAUGCCCUCAUUGAUGCACCUGUAGAUUCCUUUAGUGGGCAGUGCUCCAACUUCAACUACAUCAGAGAGCAGAUUGUGCAGGCCCAGCAGAACUUAGAGCAGUCAGAAAAUGCAGCCAAUACAGGGCUGAAGUUUCUGGAUGAAAAAAUUGAGAUUCUUACACAACAGGAGGGAAAACUUCAACGAGAGAUGAGUGAUGCAGAACUCACCUUAGGCAACUUGAGAACUGAGCAGACAUCUAAUGUGAACUUAAUGAAAAUGUCUCAAGGCGCUCUGGAGCAGGCCAGAACAAAUCUGAAUUCAACAAGACGCACACUGCGGAGGCAGGAGGAGAGGAGACGAAAUGCUGCAAUCGUCACAGGUGUAGGAGCGGGAUUGUUCGCUGUACCACUUGUUGGAUUGAUUGCUGGUCCUGUCGUGGUAGUUGCUGGAAUAGUGGAAUUGACUCAAGCUUCACACGCUGUAGAUGCAGCUGAAAAGGAGGUGAGCAGCUGUGAGUGUCAAGUCGAAACGUUCAGAAUAAAGGUAUCUGAAUAUGAAUCGAAGAUUUCUCAGACUGAGCACAACAUCAAACAGCAACAUGCAAAAAUGGAGCAGAUCCGUAAAGAAAUCCAAGAAGGAAAGAAACAGAGAGCGUCUGUAGCUGAGUUCCAGGAGAAAGUGAGAAGAGCCGUCCGUGUCCUGAGUGGUCUGAGUGGGAAGGCUAGUGUGGCUGAAGUUCAGACUCGCAGAUUCAUCCUCCAGGAGUCAGUGAUGAAGGUGAUGGAGGAUCUGAUUAAGGCAGCAGGAGAAAUCACAGGGAAUCAGCCCCUCUGUAAUGAACGCAUACCAAGACUCAUCGAUGUGAUGAGGGAGAACAACAGAAAGCUGGCAGCCAUCUGUGAUUCCCUCAACAUUGUUGAAGAUAAGAGCUACUACUGACAGAUAUGCAGAUGCACAUCUGAAUAGAGCUCAUAAUUACA